AUGGAGUGUUACUACAUUGUCAUCAGCUCCACGCAUCUCAGCAACGGACACUUUCGCAACAUCAAGGGAGUUUUCCGGGGCCCUCUCAGCAAGAACGGGAACAAAACUCUGGACUAUUCUGAGAAGGAGAAUACUAUUGCCAAAGCUCUGGAAGAUCUGAAGGCCAACUUUUACUGUGAACUCUGUGACAAGCAGUAUUAUAAGCAUCAGGAGUUUGACAAUCACAUUAAUUCAUAUGACCACGCUCACAAGCAGCGGCUCAAAGAACUGAAACAAAGGGAAUUUGCUCGAAAUGUAGCAUCUAAAUCCAGGAAAGAUGAAAGAAAACAGGAAAAAGCACUCCAACGCCUGCACAAGCUGGCUGAGCUAAGAAAGGAAACUGUAUGUGCUCCUGGAAGUGGCCCCAUGUUCAAGUCAACAACUGUUACUGUGAGAGAAAACUGUGAUGAAAUUUCCCAAAGAGUUGUCGUGGAUUCAGUUAAUAGCCAGCAAGAUUUUAAAUAUACUUUGAUUCAUAGUGAGGAGAAUACUAAAGAUGUUACCACUGUUGCUGAAGAUCCAGAAAGCGCAAAUAAUCAUACAGCAAAAAAUAAGCAACUUAGGGGUCAAGCCCAGGGAAUUCACAGAAACAAAAUCGGCUUUUCUUUUGCAUUUCCAAAGAAAGCAUCCUUGAAGCUGGAGUCCUCAGCUGCAGCCUUCUCUGAAUAUAAUGAUGAUGCCUCUGUGGAAAAAGGAUUUAGCAGAAAAAGUAGAUUUGUCCCUGGUGCUUGUCGUCUUCAGCUAUCUUCACCAGCAGAUGGUCUUUUGAGUUCUGAGGAGAAAGCUAACUCUGUUCAUCCACCAGAGGCAACGUGCACUGACAAAGAAACGGCUCAAGCUCAAGACAUGAAAGACGUGUCUAGUGAAAAAGAUACAUUACUAUUACCCUCAUUUGGCCUUCAACUCCCUCUAUCUUCUGAUGCAGAUAAUUGCCAAAAUUCAAUCCCAUUAGCAGAUCAAGUACCACUGGAAGAUGUUAUUAUUAAUGAAGAUGUACCUAUGAGUUGUAACAGUUCUGAGUUGUUAGAAAAUAAAUCCACAAUUCUAGAUAUGUCUAAUGAUUUCGUAUCUGUACAAACCACCACAGAGGAAAAUGUUAAGAAUAAUGAUGCAUCCACAAUUGAAGUUGAAAAUAAAAAUGAUUCUGAGACAUUGGACCCUUCAAAUACUAAAGAGGACAGUACAACCUUACAUAAAAACAAAGAUUUACAUAAAAGACAGUAUGAGCCAUUUGUACCUGUGCUUAAUAAAUUUGGGUCAACAGUUCUUCAAUGGCCAUCAGAAAUGCUGGUUUACACAACUACUGAACCAUCAAUUUCCUAUAGCUGUAAUCCUCUCUGUUUUGACUUCAAAUCCACUAAAUUAAACAAUAAUCAAGAUAAAAAUAAGUUGCCCCUAAGUGAUCUUUAUUCUCAUCAGAAGGGAGAAGACAUUUGCAAGGGACCAGCUUCAGAUUGCAAGGACACAUCUACUGCAAUACUCAUUGGUUAUAAAACUGGAGGCAGCAGAACUGAAUGCACCCAAGUCAAUCCUCUUUUGGCUGAUGAUGCACUCUCUAGCAGUGGUGAUUCUGUAAAAAAUGAGAAUAUGGGCCAUAGUUAUAAAAAUAUUCCCUGUAGGAUCAGAAAAGCAGAAAAAUAUAAUUUUACUAAAAAUCAAAUAAAACAGGACAGUCUAGAUGAGAAAUACAACAAAAUAAGGUUGAAAGAUACUCAUGAGUACUGGUUCCAUAAAGGCAAAAGAAAGAAAAAAAGGAGGAAGUUAUGUCAGCAUCAUCGUGGGGAGAAAACCAAAGAAUCAGAAACUGAAUGCAAAAUGGAAAGGGAGAAUAAUUACAGUAAUACAACUAGGAAAAAUCUGCUGGAACCAAUUUCAGAAAAACAGUAUUUAGCUACACAGCAUUUGUUAGACUCACAUCAGUUACCUGAUAAAAAGAUCAAAUCACCAUCCACAACCUUAAGUGAAAAUGAAGAAAUGUGUAAAACCUGGAAUACUGAAUACAGUGGUAAUGAUGCUGUCAGUUCUAAAAACCACUGUAAAAAGAACACAAUCCUUUUAAAUGGACAAUCAAAUCCGGCAAUGAUACAUUCUGGGAAACAUAAUUUAACAUACUCUAGAACUUACUGUUGUUGGAAAGCCAAAAUGUCUAGCUUUAGUCCGGAUCACAGACACUUAGUUCUUCAAAAUGACAUGAAACGCAAGAGCCAGAAUCAGGCUGUAAAAAGAGGUUACAAUUCUCUCGUGAAUGAAUCAGAAAGAUUCCAUCGAAAACGUAGACAACAUUCAUAUUCUUAUUCUUCAGAUGAAAGUUUAAAUGGACAGAAUUAUUUACCUGAAGAAUUUUUGAGGCCAUCAAGUGCUUCUGUUGCUCCCUGUAAGCCUAAAAAGAAGCGGAGGAGAAAAAGAAGCAGAUUCCACACUGGGCUGGAAACUUCAGAACUAAAAGAAAAUAGAGACGAUCACAUGAAAGGCAAUUCUUCUGUAAGUUACCUGGAUGAGUUAAUAAAUGAAGACAAAAAGGAAGAAAUAAAACUACAAGAAGCUGCAAAUAUGGAAAGGAACUCAGAACAAACUGACCGAGUAAGAAACAAACUGGCUUUACACCCUAGCAAUCCCCUCCCUUCUGAAACCAAUGAUGAAACUGAGCAUUUAGUAAUGGAGACCACUUCUGGUGAACCAUCAGAGGUUUCCAGUGAGGAUCCCACCACAUCUGUCAAUGUAGCUAGCUCCCCAACAAAAGAAGCAAUUGAUAAUACCUUGCUUGGAAACAAAGAAAAAAAUGAGAAUAUAAAUACUAAUGAAAAGCAAAUUCCUUUCAAGGUGCCUAAUGUUGAAAGGAACUUUAGGCAGUCACAGCCUAGAUCAUACAUUUGCCAUUAUGAACUGGCUGAGGCCCUUCCACAAGGAAAGGUGAAUGAGGCAUCAACUGAGUGGCUGCGCUAUAAUUCAGGAAUCCUUAACACCCAACCACCAUUACCAUUCAAGGAAGCACAUGUCAGUGGUCAUACCUUUGUAACAACUGAGCAGAUCCUGGCUCCAUUAGCUUUACCAGAACAAGCAUUAUUGAUCCCACUAGAAAACCAUGACAAAUUCAAAAAUCUACCAUGUGAGGUGUAUCAGCACAUUAUACAGCCGAACAUGCUGGCCAACAAGGUCAAAUUUACCUUUGCUCCAGCUGCCCUCCCACCCUCCAGCCCACCUCUGCAGCCUUUGCCUUUGCAGCAGCCCUUCUGUUCUACCUCUGUGACCACUAUCCAUCACACUGUUUUGCAGCAACACGCUGCAGCGGCUGCAGCUGCAGCAGCAGCCGCAGCUGCAGGAACGUUUAAAGUGCUUCAACCACACCAACAGUUUCUUUCCCAAGUCCCAGCUCUCACCAGAACACCGUUACCUCAGAUCUCAGUAGGACCAGUAGGACCGAGGCUUUGUCCUGGGAACCAGCCAACUCUUGUUGCUCCUUCUCAGAUACCAAUCAUUCCAGCUUCGGUUCUGCAUCCUAGCCAUCUGGCUUUCCCACCUUUACCCCAUGCACUCUUUCCUUCAUUGCUUUCCCCACACCCCGCUGUCAUCCCUCUGCAACCCCUCUUCUAG